GGAAAAUGUCGUCAAACGUCGACCUUUGCUCUACUGAUCACUCUUUACGCCCUUUCCAGUCUGUCUCCUGGCAUCGCUUUCAAGUCGGCUCUCGGGUCCAGGAGAAAGCGCUCGAUUCGAUGAAACCACGGCACGACCGUUGGGCACUUUCGAGGCUCACAAUCAUGAUUGUCCAUGUCUCAAUGGCAUUGUUGUGGUCUUGAUGGGUUUCCAAGAAAUGAUCAUUUCGCGAUCUCUAUUACUGGGCUGAGCUGGCCGAGG